AUGAAGGGAUUCGGAAGAUUGGUUCUUAUCAAGAACCCCAGGAACUACCAUCGCAAUGUGGAACAGGCUGCGUUUUUGCCUGGCAGUAUGUUUCUUGGUAUUGAGGACUCUCCUGGCCCUCUUCUUCAGUUCCGCAUGUUCUUCUACCGCGACGCUCAGUAUCGUCGCAUCGGUGUCAAUCUGCACCCAACAGCUUCGCUCACAAGUUCAGGCCUCGUGUCGCUGAGGCGCCAUAUCAGUAAGAAGAAUGGCUACGAUCAAGCGAAGGAUCUGUGGACGAGGAUCAUGAGUGAGCAGGAGAAGAAUAAUGCUUGCUGCAAUACAGCCAAGGGUCUUCGACGCGUCAAGUUUCCCGAGAUCAAGAGCAAGUAUUUGGCGCAGGUGUAG